AUGAGUUAUGACAACUCUAAAACAGGGGCCAGCAGAAGCACUCGCAGCAGAGUGGCACGGGCCGAGGAGAAGGACUUUGAGCAGGAAGUGCAUCCUGACAGAUUAGACGUCUCCACAAGCGCUCAGUCUGGAGCCAGCUCCAAACAGCAGCAGAGGAAUGGCUCUGAGGGAUGCUCCUCUUCUCCCAGUGGAGCCUCUGGUUCAGGGGGCUCGUCCGGAGACGGGAGGGGUCCCAACUCUGAUGACAUGGACGGACUGUCAAGUGGAAAUGACUCUGGGGAGCGAGAGAGUGAAGGUGGCCUGGAGCGGGAGAACAGUUCCCGCGGCCGCCAGUCCAUCCGCAGCUCACACAGCUCCAACGGAAAGGACUCUGGCAUGAUGCUCGAGACCACUGACAGCCACAAAAGCUCUAACUCCCAGAGUCUGUCCCCUCCGAGUGGAUCCCUGGCCUACAGCAUGUUGUCCAACAGCUCGGAGCAUGACCCUCCCUCCACCUCUGGCUGCAGCAGUGACCAGUCAGCCCGUCUGCAAUCUCAGAAAGAGCUCAUGAAGGCCAUCAAGGAGCUAAAGCUGCGCCUCCCAGUGGAACGUAAGGGCAAGGGCCGCUCCAGCACGCUCAAUGCCCUGAAAUAUGCACUUCAGUGUGUGAGACAAGUUCGCGCUAACAAAGAGUAUUAUCAUCAGUGGAGUGUAGAGGAGUGUCAAGGCUGCAGCCUGGACCUGUCCUGUUUCACAAUCGAAGAGCUGGACAACAUUACUUCAGAGUACACCCUCAAAAACACUGACACGUUCUCCAUCGCGGUGUCGUUCCUGUCGGGGAAAGUGGUGUAUGUGUCCCCCCAGGGCUCUACGCUGCUGCGCUGUAAACCAGACUGUCUCCAGGGGGCCAUUUUCUCUGAGCUUCUGGCACCACAAGACAUCAGCACUUUCUACAGUAGCACAGCCCCCUGCCGCUUGCCUUCUUGGGCUUCUUGCAUUGGCUCUGUGCCUCCACCUGUGGAUUGCACACAGGAGAAGUCCAUGUUUUGUCGCAUCAACGCGAGUCGAACACAAGGGGGCGAGAUGCGCUACUACCCCUUCCGCCUGACGCCGUACCAGCUGACCGUAAGGGACUCAGACGCAGCAGAGCCACAGCCCUGUUGCCUGCUGAUCGCAGAGAAGGUCCACUCCGGAUAUGAAGCUCCCCGCAUCCCUGCAGACAAGAGGAUCUUCACUACCAGCCACACUCCCAGCUGUCUCUUUCAGGAAGUUGAUGAGAGAGCUGUACCACUGCUCGGACAUUUGCCUCAGGACUUGGUGGGAAAUCCAAUUCUGCUUUACAUUCACCCUGAGGACCGGGCCAUGAUGGUGGCUAUCCAUGAGAAAAUCUUUCAGUUUGCAGGGCAGCCAUUUGACUAUUCUCCUCUGAGGAUGUGCGCUCGCAGCGGGGAGUACGUGACCCUGGACACCAGCUGGUCUUCAUUCGUCAACCCCUGGAGUCGUAAAGUGGCCUUCAUCGUUGGCCGCCACAAAGUCCGAACGAGCCCCUUGAACGAGGACGUGUUCACCAUGCCCCCUGGUGGUGACGCUCGCCUCACCCCAGACAUGGUGCAGACGAGUGAGCAGAUCCACAGAAUCCUGGUGCAACCCAUCCACAGCGGCGGCUCCCAAGGCUACAGUUCCCUGGGCUCCAGCGGCUCCCGGGGGUCUCGCCACUCCCACCGGCAGCACCCCAGCGCCUCCGGCACGUCAUCGAGCGAAAGUAACAGCCCUUUGAUGGACGAGGCUCAGUCCGUCACUCUGCACAAACCCAUGAGUUUCCAGCAGAUCUGUAAAAAUGUUCAUACAGUAAAAACAAAUGGACAACAAGUUUUCAUUGAGUCACGCAACAGAGCGCCACCGAGGAAAACCCCCAGCUUAGGUGUGGCCAGUGACCUCCGCGUGAUCAGCAGUGACCCAGUGAGGGGACUGAUCAUGGACAUGACCAAACCUCCCAAAGCCCUGGUCCCGACUCCUCUGAUGCAGAAAGAAGCCACCAAUGGCUACUCCUACCAACAGAUCAACUGUCUAGACAGCAUCAUUCGGUACCUGGAGAGCUGCAACAUUCCCAACACAGUCAAAAGAAAGUGUGGCUCGUCCUCAUGCACAGCCUCCUCCACUUCUGAUGAUGACAAACAGCAGGACACCACUGGUGCCAAUAAAGGUGGUUCGGUAAGCCUUGUAGGGGAGCCGUCCUCACUUCCGCCGCUGACCUUGGCCACAAAAGCAGAGAGUGUAGCCUCAGUCACCUCGCAGUGUAGCUUCAGCAGCACCAUCGUCCAUGUGGGAGACAAAAAGCCUCCGGAAUCUGAUAUCGUCAUGGAGGAGGCUCCAAGCACUCCCACUCUGGCUGCUCCUAGCACUGUCCCUCUUCCUCCUGCUAGUGUCUCUACUCCUCCCAACAGCUCCGUCAUUGCCCCUCCUCCUCCCCCACCUCCACCAUUCCUCCCUCAGACUCAGUCAGAGCGGGAUGGCCGCAGGAGUGGGAGCGGGGGCCGUCUGGGGCUGACAAAGGAGGUGCUUUCUGCACAUACUCAGCAGGAGGAGAAGGCCUUUCUGGAUCGCUUCAAAGACCUCAGUAAACUCCGAGUGUUUGACCAGACCACCUCUUCCACUGUUCACUGCCCUACUCCAGCUACCAACCCCCUGUCAAGAGGUGUGCGUUGUUCUCGUGACUACCCAGCUGCAGGGAGCAGCUCCAGUUAUCGCCGUGGCCGUGGGGGCAAAAGGCUGAAACACCAGGAGUCCUCCGAGCAGCACAGCUCCAUGUGCAGCCACAGAGACCCCAGGACCAGCACAAUGCCUAUGCCUCUGCCCAUGAACAUUCCCCUGUGUCCUCCGACCACAUCCUCUUCCUGGCCCUCUGUGGGCUCACAGGCCAGCAUCCCUGCUGCUCCCUUUGCCCCUGGGAUGCUUCCAGUUUACCCCAUCUACCCCCCACUUGCGCAGCCCCUCUCGGUCCCAGAUCCAACUCGAUUCCCCCCAACUCAGAUGGUGCCUCCCAUGAUGGCCCUGGUUCUGCCAAACUACAUUUUCCCUCAAGUGGGGCCCCCCAUGCCCCAGGCAGCACCCACCGGACAUUUUUUUAAUCCGAACUUUGCGUACCCAGGACCCACCCCACUUACAGCACCAUGUGUAGUCUCAAACCCUGUUCCCUUUUCAACCCCUGUUCCUCUUCUGGGGACUGGUGCCCCGUCUCGUAGCAGCACACCUCAGUCCCCCAGCCACACACCUGCUGAGCGUGAGGGAGCAGAGUCUCCUCUCUUCCAGUCCCGAUGCUCCUCCCCUCUCAACCUGCUGCAGCUGGAAGAGUCUCCCAGUAACCGUUUGGAGGUGGCCACUGCUCUGGCAGCGUCACAACAGACCACACCCUCUCUUCAGGGCGGGGCCCCUGGAACACAAGCAGAGGACGCCUCCAAAGACAAUGAAAAUGGUGAAGCCAACGAGUCGAACCCUGAGGCUGACGCCAUGUCCACCUCCAGUGACCUGCUGGACCUGCUGCUGCAGGAGGACUCUCGCUCUGGGACAGGCUCUGCUGCCUCGGGGUCUGGCUCCUCCGGCUCAGGCUCCGGAUCUAAUGGGUGCAGCUCUUCCGGCACCGGCUGCACAAGCAGCAGCCAGGGCAGCCACACCAGUAAAUACUUUGGCAGCAUUGACUCCUCUGACAAUGACCACUCUCGCAAACAGCCAGCAGGGGGCAGCAGUAGUGCAGGGGGAGAUGGUGGAGAAGAGCAGUUCAUUAAGUGUGUCCUGCAAGAUCCAAUCUGGCUUCUCAUGGCCAACACCGAGGAUAAGGUCAUGAUGACCUACCAGCUGCCUGUCAGGGACCUGGAGACUGUUCUGCGAGAAGACCGUGAGGCUCUCAGAAACAUGCAGAAGCAGCAGCCUCGUUUCACUGAUGACCAGAAAAGGGAACUGAGCCAAGUGCACCCCUGGAUCCGCACCGGACGCCUGCCACGGCCCAUAAACAUCUCUGCCUGCACCGGCUGCAAGUCUCCGCCCUGUGUGCUCCCCACUGAGCCCUUCGAUGUGGAGAUCCAUGAGAUGGAACUGUGCAGCGUGCUGAAGUCUGAGGAGCGGCAUCCUGGAAAAGACAAGGACACUACAGAGACAGUCAUGGAUGAGGCUCACACAGAGGAGCGUGAAGAGGAGAAAGCCAACAAAUCACCAGCAGAAAGAACAGAGCAGCACAGGACUAACUCUCCCAGCAGCGCUGAGAGCAGUGCUCCAGAGUCUCACAUGGUCCUGUAG